AUGGCUCCAUACACGCGUCAGCAGAAAUCCGAGACUCGACUCGAGAGAAAGGUGAAAGCAGCCAUCCAUGUUCUUCUUGACCGAAUUAAAAGCCACAGGGGAAUAAUAGUAUGGCGGCAAACAAAAAGGAGUCGCAUGCGGCAGAUAACAUUUUGGGUGCGUGACGGUAGCAAAGGCUUUACACGGGACUGUAGAAGCAGGACGCGUGCGAUGCUUUUUGUUGACCUUUGCUGCAUGCUCUCGAGGCAACCACAGUCCACAGCCAGGCCACUCACUAUUCUGCCGACCAUUUCUAGACUGACUAGACUAUGCAGAGUCAGGCUUACAGGAACACAACAGUGUGACUGUUACUACUGUAAAUACCACAGUGCUUUCGCCGUUCACUUCAAUUCUCCUGCAUGGGAUUGGGGGGCACCUGGGCAGCACACGACUACGCGGCUACAAAUCCCUUCCCCCUCUGCUCCAUCCAAUCCAAUCCAAUCCGCCCCAUGCUCGCUCUCUCCUCCAGCUUCCUCCCGAAACUCCAGACAGACGCAACCAACAGAGGAGAAACAAACAAAAACCGCCUCGUCUGAAAAAGGGGAACAGAGCAGUACCAAACACAAUGGCCAGGGCACGCCCCAACGCCAUCGCACCGGAGCGCCCCGCCGCCGCCGCCGCAGCAGCGACGAUGACCACCACCAGCACCAGCCGCGGGGCCGAUGCGGGCGGCCACCAACAACAGGACCAGGAGCGGCCGCCGGUGCUGACGGUGUGGCGCAACCGCGCAAGUCGCUACUCCUGAGCUGCUCCGGCUUCACCGUCUACGACGCGUCGGGCGCUCUCGCCUUCCGCGUCGACUGCUACGACUCCGCACGCCGGGGGCUGCGGCGGCGUGCCGCCGAGGUGGUGCUGAUGGACGUGGCCGGCACGCCGCUCCUCACCGUGCGCCGCCGCAGCCGGCUCACGAGCCUGGGCCUGGCGCCGGACCGCUGGCUCAUCUUCGACGGCGACGCCGCGGCGGGAGCGGGAUGCCGUCGGCCCAACAAGGCCAAGCCUUUCAUGUCCGUGCGCCGUGCCCGCCUCGGCAUCGGUCUCGGCCUCCUUGGGGCAUCCUCCGGCAAGGCGCCGCUGGCGUACGUGACGCCGCUGCAGGCGCAGGCCGGCGAGGCGUACGUGGUGGAGGGGUCGUACGGGGCGCGGUCCUGCGCGGUGCGGGAAGCGCGCGGGGACGCCGUGGCCGAGGUGCGCCGGAAGGAGCGUGUCGGGGACGACGUGUUCCGCCUCGUGGCGGGGCCACACCUCGGCGCCCCGCUCGCCAUGGCGCUCGUCAUCGCCCUCGACGAGAUGUUCGCCGCCGGCGCGGGGUCGGGGUCGGGAUCCGGGUCCGGGUCGGCGCAGCGGCCAUCCCUGCUGCGCCGGACGUGGUCGGCGCGGGGUCGGGGCAACCUGCCCUGCACCGACUGUGAGCGUGAGCAGACUUGUGAACUCCAAGAAAACAAGGCGACGAUCUGCAAGGAUACAGAGACGUACAGUGGUAGAGUAGCUAGUUUCAAGUGCUUGAUGCCGAUUGUAUAUACGGCCGUUGUAUCUGUAAUACCAUGA